CCGCCAUAUUGAACCAUCAACUGAGUAAGCCAUAUUUCGGUUAAACAAGAUCCUUUCGGUUAAAAAGUGUCAAUAUGGGAAAGAAUCGCAAGAAAGUGAAUCCCAGUGCUUCUAGAGCUGAACUGAUGAUGAUGACAGUGUCAGACAUUGUGAGUCAGUUGAUCACAGCACACGAGAAAGGAAAUGAUGUAAAUCUAAACAAGAUCAAAGGACAGGCUGCCAGUAAAUACGGACUGACAUCACAACCCAGACUGGUGGAUAUCAUUGCUGCUGUUCCUCCUGCCUAUAAAAAGGUCUUACUUCCAAAGUUGAAAGCCAAACCAGUAAGAACAGCUUCAGGGAUUGCAGUUGUGGCUGUUAUGUGCAAACCUCAUAGAUGUCCUCAUAUAAACAUGACUGGAAAUAUCUGUGUAUAUUGCCCAGGAGGGCCAGACUCUGAUUUUGAAUACUCUACACAGUCUUACACUGGAUAUGAACCCACAUCAAUGAGAGCAAUACGAGCACGAUAUAACCCUUAUCUACAAACAAGACAUAGAAUUGAUCAGCUUAAACAGUUGGGACACAGUGUGGAUAAGGUUGAGUUUAUUGUAAUGGGAGGUACAUUCAUGUGUCUGGAUGAAAGCUAUAGAGAUUUCUUUAUAAGGAAUCUCCAUGAUGCCCUGUCAGGUCACACAAGUAAUAAUGUGGAUGAAGCAGUCAAGUACUCAGAGAGGAGCAAGACAAAGUGUAUUGGUAUAACUAUUGAAACAAGACCGGAUUACUGUCUGAAAAAACAUCUUAGUUCCAUGCUAAUGUACGGCUGCACUCGCCUGGAGAUUGGUGUCCAGAGCGUGUAUGAAGAUGUGGCAAGAGAUACUAACAGAGGCCACACUGUCAGAGCAGUGAGUGAGUCAUUUCACUUGUCUAAAGAUGCAGGAUUCAAGGUUGUCUCUCAUAUGAUGCCUGAUUUACCAAAUGUAGGACUGGAACGAGACAUUGCACAAUUCAUAGAGUUCUUUGAAAAUCCAGCGUUUCGCGCAGAUGGUUUGAAAAUUUACCCAACCUUGGUAAUCCGUGGUACAGGUUUGUACGAGUUAUGGAAGACCGGCCGCUACAAGAGUUACCCUCCUAAUACAUUGGUGGAUUUGAUCGCGAGGAUUCUAGCGUUAGUACCACCCUGGACACGAGUCUAUAGAGUACAAAGGGAUAUCCCCAUGCCUUUAGUAAGUUCUGGUGUCGAACAUGGCAACUUGAGGGAACUGGCACUAGCACGUAUGAAGGAUUUGGGAACACAGUGUCGUGAUGUUCGAACCCGUGAGGUUGGCAUACAGGAAAUUCACCAUAAGGUUCGACCAUUUGAGAUUGAGCUUAUUCGCCGAGACUAUGUGGCGAAUGGUGGAUGGGAAACGUUUCUGUCCUAUGAAGACCCAGAGCAAGAUAUUUUAGUCGGCCUGUUAAGAUUGAGGAAGUGUUCAGAGGCAUCCUUCAGACCUGAAUUGAAAGGAGGCUGUUCUAUCGUCAGAGAACUUCAUGUUUACGGCAGUGUAGUUCCUGUCAGCGCCCGCGAUCCUUCCAAAUUUCAGCAUCAAGGUUUUGGAAUGUUGUUGAUGGAAGAAGCAGAGAGAAUUGCCCGCGAAGAGCACGGCUCACAGAAAAUUGCCGUAAUUUCAGGAGUUGGAACUCGAAAUUAUUAUCGUAAAAUUGGUUACGAACUGGAGGGUCCUUACAUGGUAAAAAGUUUGCUGUGAUUUACAACCUUCAACAGUUGUACCGUAACAACUGACUAACUCUGACAUUCAGUAUGGGAUACCUCAGCCGGACAUCGUACUAAGGAGGCCCAUCAUCCUCGGGGCUCAACACAUUAUGAUAAAAAAGGAGCUAUUACAGUAAAUACCAGUCAGACAUUAAUGAUUGGGAGUAACCACUUGUACAAAGAAACUAGCGGAGAGAUCUCGGCACAAAAAUAAGAGAGCCUUGAGCUAUGGUGGAUGGAUAGGAAUUGGUAGUAACGACUUAUGGCCGACUGAAAUAAUUUUAUAUUGGAAAUAUGCUCGCCAGGUUCUAAAUAGCUGGAAAACGGGAGUGAAAAAUACUACAGGAACAUUACGCUGUAUGGCAAACUCUUUUUACGUCCUGUUCGUAUGCGAAAGUGGUCUUAGAUGAAUGGUUCGCCUGUAUUUAAUGGAUUUGCAGACACUAACAUUGACCUUCCUAUUUUUAAAAGUAAAACUUAUUAAUUUUCAUCCUUUACAUAUUUGCGUCAUUUACACUGCUUUUUUGGAACAAAGGCUGUCGAAAUUUGUCUACCCAGUGUUGCAUGGGGAUGUAUUUAAUUACUAAUUUACUAGAGCUGAACCUAUAUUUUCUUCAAGUUUCUUUGUCGGUUAAUUUUUUUAAAGUCGGAUUUGUACACUGCGUAGCAUUUUAUAUCAUUCUUUUUAUAUUUCUGUGCAGACUGAAGUGAACGUUUCACGGUCAGAUCCAACCAACAGCACAUAAGAAUGGAAUCACUCGCCUGAUUUAAUAUAUUGCUUAUAUGUUUUAUAUCAAAACACAUGACCUGUUUUAAAAACAACUGAUAUA